GUUUUUAAGUCGGCGGACCCUGAUGAAGAAGAUUAGAAGGAGGAUAAAGAGCCACAACAACACCACCGAACCAAGCAUCGCAACUGGGCUUCAGGAAUUGCAUAGGCUACUUCACGAUGUAAAGAUGGCUGAUUUAAAGACGCCAGUUGCCACCCACACAAAUUGUGGACUUUGUUUUGAACACAGAUCUAUGGCACCAGUCAAUGUGGGAGGUAACCUGUCUGCCUAUGGGAGACUUGUAGGUUUACAGCCUUGAUUCAGGACUUGAUAAUAUUUUUUGUUUGAUUUGGUAUUGGAACUGGGGGUUUAUUUGCCGCCCAAUAUGAGGUAAAGCCAGUUUCAAAUGGGAUAUUUGACGGAUAUUUGCGCUUUCAAACCUCAACAGCUUUCAAACCACUUGAGCCACAGGCUCCAAAUAAGUGACAGGAUGUUGGAAAAAUGGCACAGGUCUUAUUUUCACGAUUUGGAUAUUAAUUCGCUUUCCAAAGCUAAUAAACGUGGAAAUGCGAGCAGCAUUUUGUAGUCCUAGUUGAAUUAGUUAUGGAGCGUAAACAAAGUACAAACUUUUGUUAACAUUUGAAUGUCAAUAGCUCCUUGGUCAUGUUACCUACUUGACUCAAACAACGUUCAGAAUGUCCACUGACUACCCUUCUAUAUUGCACACGUUUGGUUUGUCAAUUUUCAUCUCACAUUUUUACAUUAAUUUUUCUAACUUUCUAAUGUUAAUAGCUUCUUGGUCAUUUAUUGAAUUUUUUUACCUUUAUUUAACUAGGCAAGUCAGUUAAGAACAAAUUCUUAUUUUCAUUGACAGCCUAGGAACAGUGGGUUAACUGCCUGUUCAGGAGCAGAACAACAGAUUUGUACCUUGUCAGCUCAGGGGUUUUGAACUUGCAACCUUCCGGUUACUAGUCCAACGCUCUAACCACUAGGCUACCCUGCCUAGUGUGAACUACUGACUUCAAACAAGGUUCAGAAUGUACACUGACUACCUUUCUAUAUUGCAACACUAACUACCCUUCUAUAUUUUCAUGACACAUGAUUUUACAUUAAUUUUUCAAAAUUUUAAAUUUCAAUAGCUCCUUGGUCAUGUGACCUACUGACUUCAAACAAGGUUCAGAAUGUCCACUCAGUGGGCCUACACAUGGCACACCAUUUAGUUUGUCAAUUUUCAUCUCACCCGAUUUUACAUGAAUUUUUCAAACUUUCAAAUGUCAAUGGAGAGUGACUACAUUUCAGCCGUGCGUAAUUGGCCGACUCCCACCACGGCAAAGGAGGUGCAGCCUUUUUUAGGGUUUGCCAAUUACUAUCGGAGGUUUAUCCUGGGUUUUGGUCAGGUAGCGGCUCCCAUUACCUCACUGCUGAAGGGGGGCCCGGUGCGUUUGCAGUGGUUGGCUGAGACGGACAGGGCUUUUGGUCACCUAAGGGCUCUGUUUACCUCGUCUCCCGUGCUGGCACAUCCGGAUCCCUCUUUGGCGUUCACGGUGGAGGUGGACGCGGACGCAUCCGAGGCUGGGAUUGGAGCCGUGCUCUCUCAGCGCUCGGGUACGCCACCGAAGCUCCGCCCAUGUGCCUUCUUCUCGACGAAGCUCAGCCCGGCGGAACGAAACUAUGAUGUGGGGGACCGGGAGCUGUUGGCUGUGGUGAAGGCGUUGAAGGUGUAGAGACAUUGGCUUGAGGGGGCUCAACACCCUUUUCUCAUCUGAACUGACCACCGCAACCUGGAGUACAUCCGGGCAGCGAGGAGACUGAAUCCUCGUCAGGCAAGGUGGGCCAUGUUUUUUACCCGUUUUGUUUUCACCCUUUCUUUCAGACCAGGUUCCCAGAAUGUUAAGGCAGACGCACUGUCCAGGCUGUAUGACACAGAAGAACGGCCCAUGUAUCCUACCCCCAUACUUCCUCCUUCUCGGUGUGCACACGGUGUAAGGCUCGUAGGCACCUGCCCAGAGGUAACCCUUACCCGUUCCACAACAGCCUUGGUCGCAUCUGUCGGUCGAUUUCCUCACCGAUCUUCCUCCCUCACAGGGUAACACCACGAUCCUGGUUGUUGUGGAACGUUUUUCCAAGUCCUGCCGUCUCUUCCCUCUGCCCGGUCUCCCUACGGCACUACAGACUGCGGAGGUCUUUUUUACACACGUCUUCCGGCACUACGGGGUGCCUGAGAAUAUAGUGUCUGAUCGGAGUCCCCAGUUCACUUCGAGGGUCUGGAGGGCGUUCAUGGAACGUCGGGGGUCUCGAUCAGCCUUACCUCGGGUUUUCACCCCGAGAGUAAUGGGCAGGUGGAGAGAGUGAACCAGGAUGUGGGUAGGUUUCUGCGGUCUUAUUGUCAGGACCGGCCGGGGGAGUAGGCGGCGUUCGUGCCCUGGGCCGAGAUGGCUCAGAACUCACUCCGCCACUCCUCCACUAACCUCUCGCCCAUCCAGUGCGUACUGGGGUACCAGCCGGUUCUGGCGCCUUGGCAUCAGAGUCAGACCGAGGCUCCUGCGGUGGACGACUGGUUCAGGCGCGCGGAGGAGACCUGGGACGCCGCCCAUGUUCACCUCCACCGGGUAUGGCUCUCGACCCAAAAUUUGCCCCACCGCCUGCCCUGCCAGAGGUGACUGAACGAGGUUAGUUAUCAGUUACAGCUUCCCCCGAUUACCGUAUUAACCCCUCGUUCAAUGUGUCUCUCCUCAGGCCGGUGGUGGCUUGAAAAGGAUCCCCAUUAGCUGUUGCAACAGCAGCAGCUACUCUUCCUGGGGUCUACACAAAACAUGAAACAUGACAUAAUACAGAACAUCAAUAGACAAGAAAAGCUCAAGGACAGAACUACAUACAAUGGACAAUUGGGUCAGAAGUUUACAUACACUCAAUCAGCUCAGGACAGACGGGCGACUCCGGCAGCUCAGGACAGACUGGAGACUCCGGCAGCUCAGGACAGAGGGGCGACUCCGGCAGCUCAGGACAGACGGGCGACUCCGGCAGCUCAGGACAGACGGGCGACUCCGGCAGCUCAGGAGAGACGGGCGACUCCGGCAGCUCAGGACAGACGGCGACUCCGGCAGCUCAGGACAGACGGCGACUCCGGCAGCUCAGGACAGACGGGAGACUCUGGCAGCUCAGGACAGACGGGAGACUCUGGCAGCUCAGGACAGACGGGCGACUCCGGCAGCUCAGGACAGACUGGAGACUCCGGCAGCUCAGGACAGAGGGGCGACUCCGGCAGCUCAGGACAGACGGGCGACUCCGGCAGCUCAGGAGAGACGGGCGACUCCGGCAGCUCAGGACAGACGGCGACUCCGGCAGCUCAGGACAGACGGCGACUCCGGCAGCUCAGGACAGACGGGAGACUCUGGCAGCUCAGGACAGACGGGCGACUCCGGCAGCUCAGGACAGACUGGAGACUCCGGCAGCUCAGGACAGAGGGGCGACUCCGGCAGCUCAGGACAGACGGGCGACUCCGGCAGCUCAGGACAGACGGGCGACCCCGGCAGCUCAGGACAGACGGCGACUCCGGCAGCUCAGGAUAGACGGGAGACUCUGGCAGCUCAGGACAGACGGGAGACUCUGGCAGCUUAGGACAGACGGGAGUCUCUGACAGGGCUGAGCAGGCGGGAGCACCUGUAGGGAGGAGACGGAGAGACAGCCUGGUGCGGGGGGCUGCCACCGGAGGGUUGGUGCGUGGAGGAGGCACCGGAUAGACCGGACCAUGGAGGCGCACUGUAGGUCUCGAGCACCGAGCCUGCACAACCCUACCUGGCUGGAUACUCCCCGUAGCGAGGCCAGUGUGGCGAGGUGGUAUAGACCGCACUGGGCUGUGCUGGCGAACCGGGGACACCAUACGUAGGGCUGGUGCCAUGUACCCCGGCCCGAGGAGACGCACUGGAGACCAGAUGCGCUGAGCCGGCUUCAUGGCACCUGGCUUGAUGCCCACUCUAGCCCGGCCGAUGCGAGGCCCUGCUAUGUAUAACGCACCGGACUAUGCCUGCGCACCGGGGACACCGUGCGCCUCACGGUAUAACACGGUGCCUGCCCGGUCCACCUCUUUCCACGGUAAGCACGGGGAGUUAGCUCAGGUCUCCUACCUGACGUAGCCACACUCCCCGUGUGCCCCGUGUGUGCUGCCGUACCAACUCCUCAAAAUGCCGCCGCUCUGCUUUGGCUGCCUCCAGCUCUUCCCUGGGGCGGCGAUAUUCCCCAGCCUGUGCCCAGGGUCCCUUGCCGUCCAGAAUCUCCUCCCAUGUCCAGGAGUCUUGAGAUUUCUGCCUCUGCCCGUUACCACGCUGCUUGGUCCUUGGUUGGUGGGUGAUUCUGUAACGGCUGUCUGUGGUGGAAGAAGGUGAGGACCAAUGCGUAGCGUGGUAAGUGUCCAUAUUUUUAAUAAAGAAAUUGAACACUAAACGAAAACAACAAAGUGAACGAACGAAACCGAAACAGUUCUAUCUGGUGCAAAAUGCAAACACUCAACAGAAAAUAAUCACCCACAAAUCAAGGGUGAAAACAGGUUGCCUAAGUAUGGUGUUCAAUCAGAGACAACGAAUGACAGCUGCCUCUGAUUGAGAACCAUACCAGGCCAAACACAGAAAUACCAACUCAUAGAAAAACAAACAUAGACAACCCACCCAACUCGCGCCCUGACCAUACUAAAACAAAGCCAUAACAAAAGAACUAAGGUCAGAACGUGACAUUUUCAGUUCUACCCACACAUUUUCUAUAGGAUUUAGGUCAGGCUUUGUGAUGGCCACCCUAAUACCUUGACUUUGUUGUCCUUAGGCCAUUUUGCCACAACUUUGGAAGUAUGCUUGGGGUCAUUGUCCAUUUGGAAAAUCCAUUUGCGACCAAGCUUUUACUUCCUGUCUGAUAUCUGGAGAUUCAAUAUAUCCACAUAAUUUUCCUCCCUCAUGAUGCCAUCUAUUUUGUGAAGUGCACCAGCCCCUCCUGCAGCAAAGCACCCCCACAACAUGAUGCUGCCACCCGUGCUUCACUGUUGGGAUGGUGUUCUUUAGCGUGCAAGCCUCCCCCUUUUUCCUUCAAACAUAACGAUGGUCAUUAUGGCCAAACAGUUAUAUUUUUGUUUCAUCAGACCAGAGGACAUUUCUCCAAAAAGUAUGAUCUUUGUCCCCGUGUGCAGUUGCAAACAGUAGUCUGUUUUUUUAAUGGCGGUUUUGGAGCAGUGGCUUCUUCCUUGCUGAGCGGCCUUUCAGGUUAUGUCAAUAUAGGACUCGGUUUACUGUGGAUAUAGAUACAUUUGUACCUGUUUCCUCCAGCAUCUUUACAAGUUCCUUUGCUGUUGUUCUGGGAUUGAUUUGCACUUUUCACAACAAAGUACGUUCAUAUCUAGGAUAUAGAAUGCGUCUCCUUCCUGAGCGGUAUGACAGCUGUGUGGUCCCAUGGUGUUUAUACUUGCGUACUAUUGUUUUCACAGAUGAACGUGGUACCUUCAGGCAUCUGGAAAUUCCUCUGACACCGCCUGGUAUAGAGGUCCUGGAUGGCAGGAAGCUUGGCUUCAGUGAUGUACUGGGCCAUAUGCACUACCCUCUGUAGUGCCUUGCGGUCAGAGGCUGAGCAGCUGCCAUACCAGGCAGUGAUGCAACCAGUCAGGAUGCUCUCGAUGGUACAGCUGUAGAACCUUUUGAGAAUCUGAGGACCCAUGCCAAAUCCUUUCUGUCUCCUGUCAUGCCCUCUUCAGACUGUCUUAGUGUGUUUGGACCAUGAUAGUUUGUUGGUGAUGUAGAGACCAAGGAACUUGAAGCUCUCAACCUGCUCCACUACAGCCCCGUCGAUGAGAAUGGGGGUCCUCCUUUUCCUGUAGUCCACAAUCAUCUCCUUUGUCUUGAUCUCGUUGAGGGAGAGGUUUUUGUCCUGGCACCACACGGCCAGGUCUCUGACCUCCUCCAUAUUGGCUGUCUCAUCAGUGUCAGUGAUCAGGCCUAGCAUUUGUUGUGUCAUCUGCAAACUUGAUGAUGGUGUUGCAGUCUUGCCUGGCCAAGCAGUCAUGAGUGAACAGGGAGUACAGGAGGAGACUGAGCACGCAUCCCUGAGGGGCCCCCGUGUUGAGGAUCAGCGUGGCGGAUGUGUUGUUACCUACCCUUACCACCUGGGUAAGGGUAUAUCUUCAUGAAUUUAGAAAUAGUGUACAUUACACUAGCUUGUAAACUCAAAAUUAUAUAUCUUAUUCAGGUAUCCAUUCAAAGACAAAUAUUUUUUUUCUGGAUGGGGGUGCAGAGGCAACCAUAGAUUUGAUUUAUUAGGAUCCCCAUUAGCCGAUGCCAAUGACAACAGCUAGUCUUACUGGGGUCCGACACGUAUCGAAAAAUACAUUACAGACAAAAUACUUUACAAUUUAUAUACAAAUAUGAACAUGUAGUGUGUGUGUGUGUGCAUCUAUCAGUUACACAUACAUGUCAUUACAUACUGUUUCAGGGGUUGUAUGGUGGAUGGUCGGUAUGUGCCUGUGAGGUUUCUGUGUUUUCUGGCUGCCAGGACCAUGGACAGCAAUGGGAAUUAUUCCCCAGGGGCAGGACCAUGGACAGCUCAGGGGAAACUGCCAGACUACAGCAGAACAGCCACACCUGUCUCCAGUUGUAAUUAGAGGCUAAACAGCAGAUUGAAACCAAUCGGGGCCUCUACUUAACUGCGCCCUGUGUAUGCAUUCUUUGUCUUUCCUUUAACCCCGGCAGGUGAACGAGGAGGAGGUGGCGGCGACGGCGACGGCGGCUAUUGGAGAGACUGCACAUAUGGUGGAGAAGGAGGUUUACUGGAAUAAAGGAACUGAAGAUUUUAGCAAGGCGUGAACCCCAAAGACCAAGAGUGGAGGAUCUUUGACUGGUGAAGAUGGAUUUACUUUGUUUGAGUUGCCGGUACCCGAUUUAAAAUAAUAAACCGUCUUAACCAUUCCUGUGGACUGGCGGUGUGUGUUUGUGUAAACCCUGCCUUACCAAGAUCAAGUCGCCGAAACUGCCACAAGUAGGUCACAUGGGGGAGAGGCAUUGUACCAUAUGUUGCUUUAUUUGUUUUUUUUAAACCAGGUUUGCUGUUCACUUGCACUAUAUACAGUGCGGCAAAAAAGUAUUUACUCAGCCACCAAUUG